GGCUGGGAGCGGCGGUCGGACAACGGACGCGUGUACUUCGUGAACCAUCGCAACAGAACCACGCAGUGGGAUGACCCACGCACUCAGGGGCUGGUGGUGGAGGAGGAGCCCCUGCCCUCAGGCUGGGAGAUGCGUCUCACCGAGGACGGCCGCCCUUACUUUGUCGACCACAGCACUCGCACAACCACCUUCACCGACCCCAGGGGCGGUGCCCACAGCGUGGCACGCGGGCCGUACGGCGCUGCCAUCUCCUACGAGCGAUCCUUCCGCUGGAAACUCGGCCAAUUCCGCUACCUCUGCCACAGCAACGCAGUGACAGGCCACAUCAAGAUCACGGUAGCGCGGCCCACGAUGUUCGAGGACAGCUACCAUCAGGUGAUGCGGUUACCUGCUUACGAACUCAGACGCAAGCUCUUCAUCAUCUUCAGGGGCGAGGAGGGGCUCGACUAUGGCGGCGUGGCGAGGGAGUGGUUCUUCCAGCUGAGCCACGAGGUUCUCAACCCUAUGUACUGCCUCUUCGAGUACGCCAACAAAAGCAACUAUUCGCUGCAGAUCAACCCUGCCUCGGAAGUCAACCCUGACCAUCUUGCGUACUUCAAGUUCAUCGGACGCUUUAUUGCCAUGGCGCUGUAUCACGGCAAGUUCAUCUACUCAGGCUUCACGAUGCCCUUCUACAAGCGCAUGCUGAGCAAGAAACUUACCAUGAAGGAUCUCGAGUCCAUUGAUCCUGAGUUCUACAGCUCUCUGUGCUGGGUGCGCGACAACAACAUCGAGGAAUGUGACCUGGAAAUGUUCUUCUGCACGAACUUCGAGGUGCUCGGCAAGAUAACUGAAGUGGAGCUGAAGCCUGACGGCAAAGAAAUACAAGUCACGGAGGAGAACAAGGAGGAGUACAUCAACCUGAUGAUGCAGGUGCCUUACAGCUGCUAGACCAUAUCAACCUGAUGAUGCAGGUGCCUUACAGCUGCUAGACCAUAUCAACCUGAUGAUGCAGGUGCCUUACAGCUGCUAGACCAUAUCAACCUGAUGAUGCAGAAACAUACCACAUACCGCAACUACAACAAGAAUAGCAAGAUAAUUGCCUGGUUCUGGCAGGUUAGUUAUAUCAACGACUGGCAGAAACAUACCACAUACCGCAACUACAACAAGAAUAGCAAGAUAAUUGCCUGGUUCUGGCAGUUCGUGCGUGAGAUCGACAACGAACGCAGGGCUCGGCUGCUGCAGUUCGUGACGGGGACCUGCCGUGUGCCGGUGGGGGGCUUCUCCGAGCUCAUGGGAGUGAUGGAGAAGCUUACCUUCGCCAUCGAGGAAACAGAGGGAUUCGGUCAGGAGUGAUUGAGAAGCUUACCUUCGCCAUCGAGGAAACAGAGGGAUUCGGUGAGGUGUGAUCACGUCAUACGUAACAACCUAAUUCAGUUCAGCUCCGAGAACUACAACAAUUUUAACUCCCAUGCCAAUUUGCACAGAGCAGCCAUCACUUCAAAUGUCUGCCUUCGCGUUAUUCUGGGACAACAUUUACCAAUGGUUGCAUUAUUUACUGGAGAUUUUACAAUUUUGCUGCGCUGAACAACAAAUUCUAUUUCUUUUGUCAUGUUCAAGCUAAUUUUUUUCUUUGUGAAUGAUCGGCUGGGCUAAACAUUCAUAUUUCAAGUGUUUAGACAAAGUGGAAGUGUUGGCUCAAAACUGAGAUUUUCUGUAUUUAUAUACUAUUAAUAUCAAUGGUCGACAUGAUGGCUGGAACGUGUGUGCUCAAGCUGUGGCUAUGUCCACCGGAGAAAUGGUGGCGUAUUAAAAAUAAAUUUGUGCAGUGUCAUGCCAAACUGUGUUGAACCUGUUAUUGCAAGUUUCAGGAGUGUAUGUAUAAAAGUUUUUUUUCCAAGUUAAUUUUUGCUAGAGAAUUGUUCUGCAAAAGUGGCAAAUGUCAACCAUGUUUCCAUGUCUUGACAAAGCUAUUUUUAUUCUGGCAACUCCAUGCCACUCUUGCGUGUGACAAGACUAAUGAACUGAACUUUAUUUCCAUGUAAUUUUUUUUGUAAUUAAGCAGCAGGAAUAUGUCUUGCCAUACCAAACUUACAUUUUGAUUCGUGGUAAUAUAUGCAAUUGACUUUUCUAGCAAUACUAAGGAAUUACAAGACUUCAGCGCUGCUAAACAAGUCUCGAUCUACUGGUGGAGCAAUCCGACACAUUUUCUCCAGCUUGCACUACUUUAUUUUCUCCAGUCUUUCACCCCAUCCCUCUCCUCUCUUCUCCCCCUCCAUCCUCUCUAUUCCUCUACCUCUCGCUUCUCUUCCUCUUCACCCCCACCCCUCUCUUCUCCCCCUCCAUCCUCUCAAUUCCUUAACCUCUCACCUCUCUUCUUCCAGUAAAAUAUAAAUUGUUUAGAGUGUUUGUUGAAAUAUUUUAACGCUAUUCAUUGCAAGCCUUAGUUUAAUCAUUUAUAGCUUAAUAUUUGACUUUAUUCCGACUGAUAACAAAUCAGGAACUACGUGUUAGCAGCUCGGGACCUGUUAUGUGUGCGCACUUUUACAAAUGAAUAUCCCAAUGAUUAGUUGAUUAGUAAAAGAUUUCCUAUUAUAUAUAGGAAAUACGUAUAUUGUGUUAUAUAUAUUGUGUUGGCUAAUUCUGUACCCAUAAUUUGAUGUGACAUGGAGGUUGUCUGAACAUGUGUCAUUUCAAUUCUAUUUAUUCGUUUACUAAUAAAUAUGUGGGAAUCUGUUUAUUGCAACAAUAUCUGUGUUCUGUGAGUGAUGUGUUGUUUUAAACGUAUGUUCCUAAUGAUAUCUAUGCAUUGGCCUCACAUAUUUGCUAUAUAUUUUGCAUGUUUCUAUCCAGUCUAUCGGUUUCUCGCACUCUGAGUUAUCUGUUCAUUGCUUGUUAAAAGAAUUUUCUUUCUGAGAGAAUUACUUGACUUACUAAUCUAAUUUCCCUUAAAUAUCUUUCGGUAAUUACAUCAGGAUAUUUGAAUGCCACAAAUAUUGCUACGCCAUGGCGAGAACCUGUCGCUCCAGCCAAGAUUGCGAUUAUAAAUUAUCAUGGAGAAAAAACUUACGGCAUCGUUCGGCUAGUGACAGUACCUUUAGCUUUCACGACUUUAGAUAUGAAAAUUAUUGGCAUUUGUCAGAUAUACCAAUAAACAAAGGGUUAUAUAAGAAUAUUUUCAGAUGCCGAGUGCUGUAAAUAAAAGGAUAGACUUCGCUACACUAAUCACUUUCCACUAGUUAUUGUGAUUUUUUUUUUUGCCGUUUUGUGUGACAAUGAAUGAGCCAAAUUUGAAUAUCAGAUUUCAGCAUUGUUCAGUAUAAGAAAAGACAUUGUUAGAAACUGGGGGGACAUAUUUGCGUUGUUGUGUGCCUCUGUAUGAAGCUUGUACUUCAUUUAUAUUCCUUCGAAUUUAUUAAAUUAUUUUUAUUGACUAUUACUAAAGUGUUUUGGAAGGAUAUAUGACUUGCUUCUAUCGAUUUAUCUAAACCUAUCUCCUUGUUUUAGAUUAAGUUAUAUUUGUGAAUUUUUUAUUAUAUUUUCCUCAUUGUUUAGCUUA